AUGACGGAAGCGCACCUUUUUCCGGGUGCUGUUCCAGAUUGGAGCACCCAAAAGGUCAUUCAUCGCAACACCCUUUACCCCAGAAGCUAUUUCUACUUGUAUGACAAGGAAGAAGAUGCCUUGACCCGAGACAUCAACAAGGCCAAAGUUCAAUGUCUCUCCGGUACUUGGAAAUUUGCAGUCUCCAAGUCCCCGUUUGAAGGACCACGACACUUUUAUCGCAAGCACUUUGACACUUACGCCUUCUCCGACGUCAGUGUCCCCGGCCACUGGCAGCUACAGGGCCAUGGAAAGGGUCCUCACUACACCAACUUUGACUAUCCUUGGCCCUGUGACCCCCCCAAUAUUCCGUACGAGGAUAAUGAAUGCGGUCGCUACGUGACACGCUUCCAUGUAGGAGACCACUUUGACGGACACCAGCUCCGCCUCCGUUUCGAGGGCGUUGACUCUGCAUUCACCGUCUGGGUCAAUGGCGAGGAGGUUGGCUAUUCUCAGGGCGCGCGAAACCCCAGCGAGUUUGACGUGACCAAACUCAUCGAGCUGGGUCGCGAGAAUGUCCUUGCCGUCGAGGUAUAUCAGCGCAGUGACGGAAGCUACAUCGAGGACCAAGACGAAUGGUGGCUGAGCGGCAUCUUUCGCGACGUCUACCUUCAUGCCUUCCCCAAGACACAUCCCACCGACUUCUUUGUCACCACCGACUUGGACGACAAUUUCAAAGACGCCACACUCAAUGUCAAGGUCGACACGAGCGCAUCAUCGCGCGUCGAGCUGAAGCUCCUCGAUCACACUGGUCACUCCGUUAUCUCGGACACCAAGGUUGUCGACACCUCUUACAAAUUUUCUUUGGCUGUCGCGAAUCCCAACAAGUGGACUGCGGAAACGCCGUAUCUGUACACCCUUGUUCUCAAUUUCCUCGACGGACAAGGCUGCAGUCUGGCCCAGAAAGUUGGUUUCAGAGUUGCUGGCUUGAUUGAUGGCAUUUUCUGUGUCAACGGCAAGCCUAUCAAGUUCCGUGGCACAAAUAGACAUGAGCAUCACCCUGACCAUGGCCGAGCGGUCCCAUACGAGUUCAUGAGACGAGACUUGCUCACAAUGAAGCGCCAUAACCUCAAUGCCGUCCGCACGUCUCAUCAGAUCAAUGACCCCAGACUCUACGACGUUGCCGACGAGCUGGGUCUCUGGAUUCUCAACGAGGCUGAUCUUGAAUGCCACGGCAUGUUUCGCCUCAAGGACAACGCUUUGUCUGACAAUCCAGAGUGGGCCGAAGCCUAUGUCGACCGUGCCAGACAGAUGGUGUGCCGCGAUAAAAAUCACCCUUCUGUCAUAAUGUGGUCCUUGGGCAAUGAAUCCUUUUAUGGAAGAAACCACCAAGCCAUGUACGACUACAUCAAGAGUGUCGAUGUCACACGUCUCGUCCACUACGAGGGUGACCAGCAGGCCAAGACGGUUGACAUCUAUAGCCGCAUGUACUCGGGGGUCUCGUGGAUUGAAGAUUUCGCCAAGGAGCGUGAUUGGGUCAAGCCGCUCGUCAUUUGUGAGUUUUUGCACGCCAUGGGCAACUCGUGCGGGAACGCCAAAGAGUAUGUCGAAGCCUUUUACAAGCAUCCCCGUGUUAUGGGUGGCUUUGUAUGGGAAUGGAACAACCAUGGUCUGCGCACUAGAACCAAGGAUGGAGAGGAGUACAUGGGUUAUGGAGGUGACUUUGGUGACGAACCAAACGAUAGCAACUAUGUCAUGGAUGGCAUGAUAUGGUCAGAUCACAUUCGUGGCCCUAAUUUGAUCGAGUACGCCAAGGCCAUUGAGCCUGUACAGACCAUCUCGGUAGAGGGGAAUGUGCUCACAGUCAUCAAUCGUUACGACUUGAUUGGCCUCGACCACGUCGAGGCGACUUGGGAAAUCAGAGCAGACGGCGUCAAGAACCUUGCGAGCGGCGACAUUGCAAUCCCUACCAGUGUCAAACCCCACAGUGAAGCCAAAGUCACCCUCGAGGGGUACAGCUCCGACCUGGUCAAAAAGCUGGCCGGCGAGUCGUACCUUUUUAUCUCGUUCAAGCUUCGAGAGGAUACAAGUUGGGCAAAGGCCGGACACCAGGUGGCAUUUGGCGAGUUUCAACUUUCCAAGCCUGUUGCUCUUUCAGACUCACUGCCCAUGCAGCUUACCAGCGCCAAAGCGCAUGUUCGCAAGACAUCUGACACGGCGCUUGAGAUCUCCUCGGCAUCCGGUAACUCUAAAUGGAGCUUUAAUCUCCUCCGUGGCGAGCUCAACGGCUGGACCAGGUCGAGCCAGCCGGGCCUAAACCUGCUUUCAGAAGGCUUUACCAUGGACUUUUACAGAGCCCAGACGGACAACGACAGCCGUGGUCAUGGUAGGAAGUGGAAAGAUAGUCGUCUUCACCAAACAGGCAUGCAUGUGCGCCAGGUGAAGUGGAUGUCCAUCUCUGGCGGAGUACAGAUUGAGGUGACUGCCAGAAUUGCGCCACCCGUGCUCGCUUGGGGUGUCGAUACUGUCUUGACGUACACGUUCCGCGGCGACUCUAUUCACGUGCACGUGCACGGCAAGGCACAAGGAAACGAUCUUCCGGACACAUUUGCGCGAUACGGCAUCUCAGCGGGCAUCAAGGGCAUCACCAAUGUGACUUGGUGGGGACGCGGCCCGGGCGAGUCAUACCGAGACAAGAAGCUGUCGCAGUCGAUUGGCAACUGGGCGUUGACCGUAGAUGACUUGUUUGUGGACUAUGAAUAUCCACAGGAUGGCGGCAAUCGCACCGACGUCCGGCAGGUCGAGUUCCACGGGGAAAACGGCCGAAUCAUCCGGGCCAACUUUGGCGCACAGGACGGCGCCAGCUUCAAUGCAGUGCACUAUUCCACUAUGGACAUUGAGGCGGCUCACCAUCCGUACCAGCUGCGCCGCAAGAAGAGGCAUGAUAGCGUGGUGAAGCUGGACUGGCUGCACCACGGUCUUGGCGGAGCGUCGUGCGGUCCUUGGACGCUGCCGCAGUACUGCCUGUACACGAAUCGAGAAUUCGACUUUGAGGUCUUGCUCGAUUGA